AUGAACUUCCAGGACGUCCACACGCGCGAACAGGCGCAGGCUGUCGCCCCUUCGCCUCGUCUGAUCACGGACCAGGACCGUGCAGACCACAUUCGGCUGCAGCGCCGCCUCCUCGUCGCCGAGGAGAACGAGCGAGCCAUGGCGGAAUGGCGCCGGCGCCACCCGGAGGACGUCGCCAAUGAGCGCGCCUACUGGGCGAAGAGGACGGCAAGGCGCCGCGCGGAGCGGGCGGACCGGCGUCGGCGGAAGGCUUUGGCAAUAUCGCAGUGCGAUAUCGUUGAAGCAGGUGGGAGGUCGAUCUUCACGUCAGACAAUGAACGUUGGGACGAUAUGUGGAUCGAUACCUCGGGCAACACCUCCGAGGAUGAGGAUGAUGAUGAGGACGGAGUAGUUCUAGCUGCACCGUAG